UGUGCCGGUCAUAAAUGAUGACUUGCCAUGCACACACAAGUUGUGGCGGCUUCAACACUAAAUAAUGAAAGCAAACCUAGUUUAUCCUUCCCUUUGAGUCAUAAGUUUAAAAUCGUUUAAGUCAGGAGGAGCAUCUCGCGGAUCCGGGGCUGUGUUUGGGGCAGGAGAUAGGGGCAGCGCUACCCCUAUGAAUAAUGUAGAUCGUUUUCAUCAUGAGCUGAACAUAACAAGCAUAGCUCGCGCCUCUAUGGGCAACAAUUCGGAUCCACGAGAGAAGGAAUAUGGAAAUAAAUCUAUAUCAUCUUCAAAUCCGAAAGUGACUUCGAGGAUGGAGACAGGUUUGCUAGCGAAUCAUAAACUGAAAAAUGCUGGUGGCGGAGAUCCCCCUCCUUCGUCUCACCACCACACACCUCCACAGCAACAGUCGCAACCAUUCAAUCAAUUCCAACAGCAUCACCAACGUCAAAUUCAAAACAACAACAUUAGCAACCAGCAAUCAGCGCAAGGAGACUUCGGGAAUCGUCAACAUGGAGGGAAAGAGAAUAUUUUGGGCGACCAAACCGAACGCCAUCAGCAAUUACUGAAUAAAAGUGAAGAGGAGGACCGAUCCUGCAAAACGGGUGAUCGGAUGGGCAGCAGGUACGACCACAGCAACUUGGGACCAACGAAUAACAACAUCAACCAGUCACAAAGUGGGAACACUACGGUUUCUGAGUUUAAUAAUUAUUAUGGGAAUGGAAGAGGAGGGCCUUGCUUUGAUCAACAUGGCGGACAACAAAGCCCUGGGACGGGGAUAAUGCAUUCGGCACAAAACAGCAUGGAUCAAGUACAAAACUCUCACGAAGGGUAUCAUAAUAACCCCUACAACCACUAUCCGAAUUACAGACCUGGCUAUGGUGGCACUGGAUAUGGUAUGAUGAGCCCCUCACGGCAGGGGAACAACAUGAUGGGCCCAGGUGGUAAUACGACUUCAGCUAGUCAUGGAAAAGCUGCCAUGGCUACAGCCUCGGCUUCUGGUGGUGUAAAUGUCGGGGGUUUUCAGCGAUUUCCUGGACAAAAUCAACAGCACCCAUCUGGAGCUACCCCUACUUUGAACCAGUUACUGACAUCGCCAAGUCCUAUGAUGCGAGGAUAUGGCAGUGGCUAUCAAGAUUACAAUAAUCCCUCUGCACAACAACAACAAUCAAGCAUGGGCUUGAGCAAAGAAAUGAGCUCUCAAUAUGCCCAAACUUCUCAUGGUUGGGGAGGACAACAAAGAAAUCAUCCAGCAAUGAGCCCUGGGAACAACGGUCACGGUGGCAACAGGGCUCAGGUGACGCCCAUGGACGCCAUGGCGAUGAAGCGCUCGCAGCUGUACAGCGUAGGGAGCAGUCCCUACGGCCAGCAGCAGCCCGGCGGGGCCUACCCAGGCCAGCCGUACGGGGCGCCCGGCCCGCACCGCUACCCAAUGGGAAUGCAGGGGCGGGGCCAAGUGCCAAUGGGAGGCAUGCAAUACCCUCCACAGCAGCAGAUAUCAGCGCAGUAUGGGCAGCAGAGCAUGGCUGGAUACUGCCAGCAGGGCCAGCCUCCCUAUUUCAGCCCACCCCAGCAGCAGCAACAACAACAACAACAACAACAACAACAACAACAACAACAACCGCAGCCUCCUACGUCUGCCCCCACACAACCCCCAUACAUGCAGUCCAGACCGACACCUCAGCAACAGGACACUCCACAGGAUGGCUAUAGCAGCAGGGGCCAGUCGACGACGAUGACUUCAGGGAAGCCCAACCAUGAUGAGAUGGGCCCCAACCAGCAGGACCGACCCUCCAGCCUCCCCGACCUGUCGGGCUCCAUCGAUGACUUGCCGACGGGCACGGACGCCGGCCUGAGUUCGGCGGUCAGCGUCUCGGGCUCCACCAGCAGCCAGGGCGAGCAGAGCAACCCGGCGCAGUCGCCCUUCUCGCCGCACGCCUCGCCGCGGCUCUCCAGCCUGCGCAGCGGGCCCUCGCCCUCCCCCGUGGGCUCCCCGGUGGGCUCCAGCCAGUCGCGCUCCGGGCCCAUCUCCCCGGCCAGCGGGCCAGGCACUCAGAUGGCCCCGCAGACCCCUGGAAAUAUGUCCGAUGUGGGCUCCCAUUCCACUCUGAGUCAGUCACCCAUGUCUCAGGACAGAGGAUUUGCUCCCAGCAUGCAGCGAGGUGCCCCAGGGCCCCAGUUUGGUGCCCAGCAGCAGCAGCAGCAGCAGCCUGGCGGACCCUCCAUGUCCCCACACCCCUCUCCAGCCGGCCCCAUGCACCACAGCAUGGGCCCCUACCCGCAACAGGGCGGCCCGCCCUACGGCCCUCAGAGUGGGCAGUAUGGCCCCUCAGGUAAUUACCAACGGCCACCCAAUUAUGGAGGUACCCCCAGUGCCAACUACAGUGGCCCCAGCCCUGGCAUGGGCAACAGCCUGGGCAUGAACGCCAGCAGCCCCAUGCACGGGCAGGGCCCAGGACAGCACUGUGGUUCCGUCCCCGCUGGUAGAGGGCCAGGGCAGACCACAGGCGGGCGCCCCUACCCAGGCAGCAACAACGCCAACAACAUGGCGCCCACCUCGCCCAGCAUACCACAGCCGGCAGGGCCGGGCAUGGGUCCGCCCCUGCCGGGGGUCGGUCGGAAACCCCAGGAGCCUGGAGCAGGGGGCAUCCAGGGCUCCCCCUCAGUCGGACAGACCAGAGGCUGUUCUGCCCCAUCUAGGCCUCCAUUUGCCAGAUCUCCGGUCUACCCCAGCCUGCCUGGGCCAGGGGGUCGACCCGGGCCCCUCUCAUCGCCCCACUCCCACCAACAACAUCCCCAUCCUCACCUGUCCCAUCCACACCCCCACCCCCACCCUCAUCCCCACCCCCACCACCCUCACUUCAGCGCCCCCUCCACCCAGCCCCAGACCCAGCAGCCUCCUCCCCUGGGGCCUCAGGCUGAGCAGUACGGGCCAGGUGGCUACCCUGGCAUGCCUCCUAUGGGCCCAGGGGCCGCCUUCAGUCAGCCGCCAGCCAGCGGCUCCGGUAGGAUGACUCCUCAAGGGCCCCCAUACAACACCCCGCCGCAAGGCCCUAUGCCCAUGCAAGGUGAUGGCCCAGUGUCUGCAAAUGCUAAACAGAGGGUGGAUCAUAAAGAAGUGGGUGUGGUUCCCUCAGAGCCACCCAAACCCAAGGACAGCUACAGCUCUCAGUGUGUGUCCCAGCCCCCCACCCCCUCCCCUCUGUCCCCCAGUCCUGCUAGUCUGUCCUCCUAUCACGGCGAGGAUAGUGAUAGCAUUAGCAGCCCUGCCUGGCCAAAGACCCCCACCAGCCCUAAGCACAGUUCGGCCACCAUGACCAAUGAGAAGAUCACUCGCCUGUACGAGAUGGGCGCGGAGCCAGAGAGGCGGGCCUGGGUGGACCGCUACCUGUCCUUCAUGGAGGAGAGGGGCACGCCGGUGCCCAACCUGCCCGCUGUCGGCAAGAAGGCUCUGGAUCUGUUCCACUUGUACGUGUGCGUGCGUGAGAUCGGAGGCCUGGCUAUGGUGAACAAGAACAAGAAGUGGCGGGAGCUGUCCACCCGCCUCAACGUGGGCACGUCCAGCAGCUCGGCCUCGUCCCUGAAGAAGCAGUACAUCCAGUACCUUUUUGCCUACGAGUGCAAGGUGGAGCGCGGGGAGGAGCCCCCGCCAGAACCGCAGCAGCAGCCGCCACAGGCGCGGAUCCAGCCUCCGUCACCUGCCAACUCUGGCUCCCUGCAGGGCCCACAGACCCCCCAGUCUACAGGCAGCAACUCCAUGACUGAGACCCUGGGCGACCUGAAGCCCCCCAGCCGAGCCACCACGCCUCACGGCCCCAUGACCCCACAGCAAGGCAGCAGGACUGGAGGCGUGAGCGUGCAGGACCCUUUCUCAGAGGGCAGUGAUCCGGCCUUCCAGAAGCGCGGCUCUGUGCCCCCUGGCGCCCCCUACCAGCAGGGGGCAGGCACUGACGCCGCCAUGAGAAUGGGCUUCGAUACCAACAAGGACCCGUACGGCGGCCCCAGGAAAGGUGGCAGUGAGCCCUUUAUGCCAGGCCAGAUGCCAGGCAGUGGCAUGCAGGAGAUGUAUCCCCACGGAUCAGCAGCAGGGAUGGGCAUGGGCCCCCGGCCACAGUACCCCUAUGGCCCUGGCUUUGACAGGAGACCUGAUCAUGUUAUGGGGCCAGAUGGAAGCAUUGCGCCCCCUGGAGGCCAGAACAACAAUGAUCCCAACAUGUUCCCUGGCAACAGAUACCCUGCACAUCAGAGGCAUGGGCCUGAUGGCUAUGGGCAGCAGUACCCACAUGGCAUGCCAUACGGACCACAUGGAAUGUAUCCACAGCAGCAGGGCUACAAACGUCCUGGUGAGGGGAUGUACGGCCCUCCAGCAAAGCGUCACGAUGGAGGCGAAGGCUACAAUAUGCAGUAUGGCGGCCAGCAGCCCGAGAUGUACGGCCAGUACGGUGCGGGCUACAUGGGGCCGGAGAGGCGCGCGAUGCAGGGCCAGUACCCGCCGUACCCCUACGCCCGCCAGGGCCCCCCGCAGCAUGCCAUGAUGAGCGGCGGUGCCCCCUCGGCAGCCUCGGGCCCCGCCGCAGGCCCCCAGGGCAACAUGUGGCACCCCAGGACUGAGAUGGGCUAUCCCUACCCGGGCCGCCAGGGCCAGGGACCGCCAUUCACGGGCAUGGGUCGUGCAGGGGAGGACGUGGACGGACGAGGACCCGGUCAGGAUGGCGUGUGGCCUGGGCAUCCCAGCCAACGGCAGUCCCCUUACCCGCAGCCUUCCUCCUCCUCCUCCUCCUCCUCCUCCGCUGUGUCCUCCGCAGGGCCCAUGCCUGUCAUGACCAACCGGCAGCCCCCGUCCUCCUUCCAGUCCCCGCCCACCAUGCCCAAUCACAUCUCCCGCGCACCGAGUCCGGCUCCGUUCCCCCGGCCCAUGGCCAGCGGCUCCAUGUCCCCGAACAAGGCCCACUUCAUGGCCUCCAUGAAGAUGCAGAAGCCCGGGAUGCCCUCGCCCAUGCCGGGCUCCCAGAGCGGGGGCAUGCCAAGCCAGGCGAUGCCCCCCAUCCACCGGGAGAUCAGCUUUCCCCCAGGCUCAGUGGAGGCCACCCAGCCCAUGCUGAAACCAAGACGCAGGAUUACAGCAAAGGAUAUUGGUACUCCGGAGGCAUGGCGUGUGAUGAUGUCCUUGAAAUCUGGACUGCUGGCCGAAAGCACCUGGGCUCUGGACACCAUCAACAUCCUACUGUACGACGACAACACUGUGGGCUCCUUCACCCUCACCCAGUUGCCUGGUUUCCUGGAGCUGAUAGUGGAGUACUUCAGAAGGUGCCUGAUUGAAAUCUUUGGGAUCCUGGAUGAGUAUGAGAUUGGCACUGAAGGCCAGAAAACCCUCCUGGGCCCACUUCCUGGUUCCAUGCAGGAGGAAGCCACCACCCCUGAACCUGAGAGCCAAUCACCACCUGAGGAGGGCGAGGAGAAGAAACCAGAGGCGGAAACAGAAGGGCCCUCUGUCUGCAACUCAGGUGAGGUCGUCGUCGUUUCUGCGGAGAAGAAGAAGGAAGAAGAGAAGACGUCUGAAGAAGUGGUGGUAAAGGAGGAAGCUCAGGAGGUCGGGCGAGGGGACGAGGCCGCUGACGAGCCCCCGCCCAAGCAGGCCAGCAAGUACGACCGUCUGCCCGUGAAGGUGGAGGAGCGGGAGAAGGAGGAGGACCAGGUGGAGGACCGCUCGGAGCUGCUUGGCCAGGUCACUGCGUUCACCAGCGGCCUGCUGCACUGGAAGGCAGGCGGGGGAGAUUCCACCAAGCACAUCCAGACCCACUUUGAGCUGCGGACCGAAGUGGCAGGGAGUGACACUGACCCCACAGCCCAGGGGCCCAAGCCCAGAGUGACCGGCCAGAGUGAAAACGUGCAGGAGGAGAGGAACGUGACCGCCACUAUGGAUGAAGUUCUGAGCUCGCGGGCAGGGGAGGGGGCCGAAGGAGACGUCGCCAGGAUCCAGGUCUUCUCUUUCGCCGAUCGGCCGAGGCAGGGGAACCUGACGGUCAUCGAGGACGAGCCUCGCUCGUGGGACGAGGCGCCACUCUCGACGGCCGAGCCUUGGCAGGACGCCCUGGCCCGCCGCUGCGUCUGCGUGUCCAACAUCGUACGCGGGCUCUCCUUCGUGCCAGGCAACGACGCCGAGAUGUCCAAGCACCCGGGGCUAGUCCUGCUGCUGGGCCGGCUGGUGUUGCUGCACCACGAGCACCCAGAGAGGAAGAGGACGACGACGUCGGCGAUGGUGGCGGCCAUGCCGCCCACGUACCAGCGCGAGGAAGAGGAGCGCGGCCGGGCCUGCAGCAAGGACGAGUGGUGGUGGGACUGCCUGUGGGCGCUGCGCGAGAACACGCUGGUCACUCUGGCCAACAUGGCCGGCCAGCUGGACCUGUCGCUCUACCCGGAGAGCAUCUGCCUGCCCGUCCUGGACGGCCUGCUCCACUGGAUGGUGUGCCCGUCGGCCGAGGCGCAGGACCCCUUCUGCUCGGCAGGCGCGCUCUCGAGCUCGCUGACGCCGCAGCGGCUGGCGCUGGAGUGCCUGUGCAAGCUGAGCAUCCAGGACGCCAACGUGGACCUGCUGCUGGCCACGCCGCCGGUCAGUCGGCACGAGCGCCUGUUCGCCGCGCUGGUGCGCCACGUGGGCGAGCGCCGCAGCCAGGUGUGCCGCGAGAUGGCGGUGGCGGCGCUGGCCAACCUGGCGCAGGGCGACCCCGGGGCGGCGCGCGCCGUGGCGCUGCAGAAGGGCUCGGUGCCCGCCCUGGUGGGCUUCCUGGAGGACAGCGUGGCCAUGGCGCAAUACCAGCAGUCGCCGCACAGCCUGCUGCACGCCGGACAGCCGCCGCCUCACCCCGAGCCGCCCAGCGUCAACAUGAUGUGCCGCGCCGCCAAGGCCCUGCUGGCGCUGGCGCAGGUGGAGGAGAACCAGGCCGAGUUUGUGCUCUACGAGAGCCGGCUGCUCGACAUCUCGCUGUCGUCCGUGCUGAACUCGAGCGUGGCCGCCAUCAUGUGCGAGGUACUGUUUAAGCUCGGCCGCUCGUGACGGACGGCAGCGGUUGCCGGUUGGGUGUAAAGAUCGUAGCGUCUCGCAGAUGGGGAGUGGGAUUAUAUUUUUAUUUAAAGAGAGAACACGCAAACAAAUUGUUUUUACAUACAAAUGAAUAUAUAGAGAAUAUAUAUAGCUCUUUGCCCCAUUCAGUCUUCAUUUGGGAUUUUUAAAAAAAAUAAUAAUUUUAAUACAGAUAUUUAAUACUUGGUGUUUUAUUUCUUUUUCUAUUCUUUUCUAUGUGUUUGUGUGUUUUUUUUUUUUUUUUUUCAUUUGUUUUAACCAAAGUUGAUAUUGGAUGAUAGGUCUGGUAGUUUGAGGGUAUUUUGCUCUUUAAAUGUUUUAUAAUUGUGGCUGUUAUUUUUCUGUGGGGCUUUUGUUUGUCUGUUUUGGGGGAUGCAGAUUUAUUUAAAUUGUAAGACAUGUUGUAGAUAGAAACUCUUGCCAUGUGUUUUAAGACAAAGAAGAAGAAAAAACGCUGACUCUACUCAAGAUAUACAUGUAUCCAGUUCAGAGGGGGGGAAAAGCAUUGUGCAAUAGGAUGCAGUCUGGCUUGUUGGAGGGAGAGGGAGCUAAACCUAAUGUGAAUUAAUAUUUUAUUGACCACAGGCAAUAUUUUAAAACAUUUUGACCACCAGUAUUGUACUGUAGAGCCGUACCAGUAUAAGAGCGAGCGUAUCUCUUCUAUUCUUUUUUUUUCUUUUUUCAAAGCGAUGGUUCUUGCCAGACUCGCUUCCCUGUAACACGCAUGAUCACAGACAGCCGGCUGAACAAGUGAACGUCUCUCUCUCUGUCUCUGUGUCCCUCUCGGUCGCCCCUGCUCCAUCCUACAGUACCCACAAGCCCCUUUGUAAAUAUCAAUUUUUGGACAUGCAGCAGGGGCCCUUUUAAUGGUUAUGUUUGUCCUUUUUUAAAUCUGUAAGAGACGUGGUAUAACACAAGUGAUGAAAGUUGAUUAUAAUGAUUAUUAUUAUUACUAUACUGAUCGGUCACUGAGCAUUUUCGGUGACUUCUCUUGGGGUGAGGGCGAGUCGCCUCCUCACCACCUACCCUGUUGCUGUUACACAUGACAUGUAACAGGUGUGGAUGGCAACCUCCGUCAAGAAGGCUGUUUUUGUGUUUGUUUGUUUUUAUUUUGCUAAUUUGUUUUGUAAACCAAUGGCAGACCGUUUCAAAAAGACGUCAAAGUGAUAUUUUAUUCUGGAUGGACUCCUGACCGGUGGUCCAGAAUGCUGUUGAUGCAGAGAAACGAUAGCAGAAUGACUUCAACAUGCAAAUUCCCACAAAUGUAAAGUCUAUGUAAACUCUUUCUCCAUUUGAUUUGAAGACCAUUGUUUAUUCAGUAUAAAGUCUUUAUACUACAUGUUCCACAUGUUAAAAAGUAAAUGUACAUGAAAUCUG